AUGCCUUCUCCGGCGCUUGGGGUACACAGCCUGUAUUCCGGAAUCCGCGCCUUGGCGCUUUUUUCCUUUUGGACAGUCAUAAUCACGUUACUCAUAGCCGUCGCUGGCGUGAUCGUAGUCGCCGUCUACCGGCUGGUGUUCCAUCCUCUUGCUCGCGUACCUGGUCCUAGGUUAGCAGCUGUUUCCAACGCCUGGUACGCAUACCAAGUACGCAAUGGCCGGAUGCUUGAGUUGGGCAAGACCCUUCAUAAACGAUAUGGUUCUAUGGUGAGGGUUGGCCCGAACGAGGUGUGGUUCGACUCCGUCGAUGCGUUCAAGCAAAUUUACAGACCCGGCAGCGGUUAUGAAAAAUCAGAUUUCUACUUGUCGACAGCUCUUCAGAGGCCGGAUAUCACAUAUACCCCUUUUCCGAAUUUCACUUCUCCAGAGACUUUAGAUCUUCUUUCUGAGCGAAAUACUGCUCGCUAUCGUCUUCAGCGUCGGCUAAUUGGGCCCCUCUAUCAAACAAACUACCUGAAGCGCCACGAGCCUGCACUUGAUGCUGUGCUGUCCCGCGUCAUAUCCACCCUCCGUUCCCUCGACGGCGCAGAGAUCGAUCUCAAAGAAUGGAUGCACAUCAUCGCAGUCGAAUCGCUCUCGGCUGUGGUUCUCUCUUGGUCUCCCGGCUAUCUACGGGACAAGACAGACCAGUCAUCCAGUAGCCACGGAUAUCUGGGCUGGCGCCGCAAGUCUGUCUUUGGGCUCUUCCCAGUCGCAGUGAAAGCGGAGCUGUUUUCAAAAGCUGCUGGCAGAAGUUUUGCAAAUUUAUGGCGCAUAACGUACAAAACACCCAAGCACUUCAAGCCAUUUCUUCACGGGCGUGUACCGCCAAGUGUCUCGACGAGUCACCUCCGCCCUUGCCAACAAGCAUAUCUCCAAGAAUGA